GCGAUCUGAUUGGCUGUUCAGCGUGUUUCUGAUUUCUGCAGGCUAACUCUAGCCCUGUUCUUGUUUUGUAUUGAAACUCACACGUGAAGUUCUUCAGUUUUAGCGUUCCAAACUUCAAGAAUGGUAUGUUUAUUAUUCUUUUUACAGUUUCUGCCAGUGAAUGUUGCCCUGAGGAAUGCAUGACGGAGAGAGGCCGAGACUCGCAUUCUGAGUACAUUUUAGGUGUGACUUACAUUUUAACAGAACCAUCGCAGAAAUGAAUUUGGCUCUUAACUUCUCCAGAAAAAGAAAAUGUGAUCAUAAAAGUGCUCCUCAGUCGGACCUCCAAGUGAAACACAAAAAAGCUGUGUUUGAGUGGAUUAAAGGUUUAGAGGAUGAGGUUCCUGCAGCAGAUGCCAAUUGGGAGAAUGGAUACACCGAGCUAGUAGUGGGUAAACGACACCGCUCUUGCAGUGCUCACAGUUCGCUUCAGCACGUGGCAGAUGGGAACAGCCUUUUAUGGGACGAAACAAUAAGGAAGUUAUAUAAGCAAAUAAGUAUUCACCAGAUUUUUGAAAAAGAUCCCCGUGAUGACACUCAACCAUGCACUGUUCUGCUUAGCGGAGCAGCUGGAAUUGGGAAGUCGACUGCAGUACAUAAAAUUCUGUUUGACUGGGCCAGAGACGCACAGUACAAGAAAUUCAAGUAUGUGUUUCUGUUUAAAUUUGGGGAGCUCAACCUUCUAGAAGAAGAAGAGGCAGAGAUGUCUUUGGUCAGACUCAUUAUGAGGUAUUACAAACACCUUAAUGACUCGGACCUUGUGAUGAGGGAAAUCUUGCACAUGCCAGAGUCUGUCUUGUUUAUAUUUGAUGGCUUGGAUGAGUACAAGUACCAACUGAACUUUGCACAAAGGACACUGUGCUUAAACCCAGAAGCCCCCUAUCCUGUUCACAUCCUGAUUAUCAGCCUGCUGUGUGGCGAGUUACUGAAGAAGUGUUCAGUCCUGAUAACAAGUAGGCCAUCCGCUCUGCAGUCUCUUUACGUGGACGGAUUUGAUCGAUUUGCAAAAGUUCUUGGCUUCUUCCCUGAGCAACAGAAGAUGUAUAUUCAGAAGUUUUUUGCUAAUACAGUUCAGAGCAACAAGGCUAUUAAAUAUGUGCAACAAAAUGCUAUGCUUUCUUCAGUGGUCCACAUCCCAUUUUACUGCAGAGUUAUCUGCUGUGUGCUACUGGACCACUUCACUGUAAUUACAGGAGACAAAAACGCUCCUCUUCCUCAAACUAACACUGAACUAUUGGUAAUGUUUCUGUAUAGCAUUCUGUCCUGUCACAGUGAAGAACCAGAGGAAAAGAAGUGCAUGCUGGUAAAACUCGGGAAGAUGGCGUAUUACGGAUUGUCCAAGAAGACAAGUGUCUUUUAUGAAAAGUAUGAGAUUAGUAGUUAUGAUCUCCAGUCAUCGCUGUCCUGUCCUGCUAACUCCGAUUUCCUCCUUGAAAUAUUAAAGCGAGAAAACACACUCGAGCACACAGCAUACAAAUUUUUGAAUGUCACCAUGCAGGAGUUCAUGGCCGCUUGCUCCUUUUUCCUUGAUCCCCCAGAGGACAUUGAAAACCUGUUUGUAAAACUAGAUUCCUGUGAAAAUGGAGACUAUGAUAUUCUUACUCAGUUCCUGGCAGGACUGGCCAAUCUAACUGUCACUGAAAAGCUGGAAGGAGUUUUGAAAGAGUUUCAGAGGAAGACAGCCGAAAGGAUCCUGGAGUGGGUAAAGGAGAAAGCUCAAACCGCUCUUCAGGGUGGAGAUAAAAAUGAACAGAUGAAAGCGUUUACCUGUCUGGCUGAGACUCAGAAUAAGGAAUUGAUAAGAGACUUGAUUGGAAAGGAUUUCAAAUUGGAUUAUACUCCUGCAGCAUUAAAUCCUCUGUAUUAUUCUGUACUUAAUACGGUUAUCAGUUGUUGUGGAGAAGUGGAAGAACUAAAGUUUUCUCAUUCAGAUAUGUCACUGUCAGCUCUGAAACAGAUGUUGCCAGGACUCAGCCUGUGUAAGCGUGUCAUUAUGUGGUCAUGCAAUUUCAAAUCUGAAGGCUGCAAGGCUCUGUCAUCGGCGAUCUGUGCAAGUGAUUCACGUGUGACCGAGCUGCAUCUGGAUGGCAGUUCAGUGCAAAGUUCGGGAGUGCAUGAGCUGUGUGAGGGGCUGACAAAGCCAAAUAGUAAAGUACAGAUUCUGGGGUUGUGGUCAUGUAAUCUCCGGUCUGACUGUUGUAAGGAUCUCUCCUUGGCCCUUAGUGCAAAAUGCUCAAGCUUGACUAAGUUGGUGCUGGUGGGCAAUACACUGGGAGACUCGGGUGUACAUCAUUUGUGCGAAGGUCUGAGAAGUAUGAACUGUAAAUUGCAGCACCUGUGUCUGAGCUCCUGUAGUCUCGCCUCCAAAUCCUGCCAGUCUCUCUCAUCAGUUCUUUCUGUAGCACAUUCAAGUCUAUUAGAACUGGAGUUAAGUGGAAAUCAGAUUGCGGAUGCAGGAGUGCGUGCUCUGUGUAAGGGGUUGAAAAGUCCAAACUGUAAAUUGCAGAAGCUGAACCUGACCUCAUGUAAUCUUACCUCCAGUUGUUGUGAGUCUCUCUCCUUGGCUAUCAGCACACAACACUCGUGCCUUAAAGAAUUGCAGCUAUGGGACAAUGCACUCGAGGAUUUAGGUGUGAAUAUUUUGUGUGAUGGCCUAAAAAACAGCAAGUUGGAAAACUUAUGGCUGAGGUCUUGUAGCCUCACAUCUACUUGCUGUUCGGCUCUCUCGUCCGUUCUCAGUCAAGAAAGCUCACAGCUGACUGAACUGGAGCUCUCAUCCAACCAACUGGGAGAUAGAGGGGUGGACCUGCUAAGUGAGAGCCUGAGGAACCCAUAUUGCAAGUUAAAGAAAUUGUGGCUAGGUGAAAACGGAGUCAGCGAAGUUCAGAAGAUAAUCCUGGAGUCCCUCAGGGAGGAACUGGACCAAUCUGGACGACACACCUGCAUCUAUAAAUGAGCACACCGCUGCCGCUCUUAUAAGCCUCAGUCCAUUUGUGUACGUCAUCUUCGCAGAACCUGUUGAUGUAUAAUUCAACAUUACCACAUGAAUAAUCCCAGCAUCCUCAAGUAAAGUAAAAAGCGUAACCGACAACAGAAGGCAGUUGCUUUUACAAAUUUCUCCCACUUGUUCGAAUCUUUUAUUCUUGCGAUGAAGGAUCUGACUGAAGUGGGUUCAGAAAGUUGUCGGGCAUGACCUUCAGUUUGUAAUAGCCACACAGAAAGAAUAAGAAUGAGGGUUUCUUCACCUUAUAAAGAGUGUUGAAAUAAAGAAUUUUGAUUGAAAU